CACUGGCACAUGUUUUGCUAAACAAUAUCGACUCUCGAUACGUUUGUUUUUAUUGAAAUCAACUCAAGUAAAACUCUACAACAACUUCCCAAAAUGGCCCAAGGAAAGUUCAAAGUCAAGUCAAAGGUGCCGAACCAAAAGCAAAAGCAAAAAGGCAAGGCUUUUACACGACGUUCCAACGCUCCGAUUCAAUCGAAAAAGACACAAUUCACUGAGCACCAGAAGCUGAAGCAAAUGGUUUCGAAAAAUGUGAAUCGUUCAGUGGAAGCGGAAAUAAGAGGCCAUGCCAAAGAGGGACUCAUAAAUCUGAGUAAAGCACAACAGGCCGUUGCCAAACAACAGAAGGAGAAGGCAGCCGCCGCCACCAGUCAAGCUUCAACCAGUAAAGAAGAAUAAAGAAAAAGAGUUAAGAAUGUUUUUGGGGAAAUAAAUGUUAUGGAACGAAAAAGAGAGCAUUUUGAAUUUCAUUACUGUCCAAUGGAGAAAAUUGUACAUGGAAAGUUUUCAUGGCUUCAUUGGAGACUGUGUAGAGAGGUGAAGAAAAAUUCAUAGAUUUAUUCUUGUCAUAACAAACAAUUAUGCCGAACUCUUUCAAAAUUAUAAGAAAUCUCUAGAAUGACUCUCUUGAAGAGAAUGGGAGGAGAGAAGCAAGUUCAAUUCUUUUUGUUUUGAUACAAAUUCUUGUUGUCUUUGAUAUAUUUGACAUUUCCAGUGGAACAUUUCCCGUAUGAACUCAGCACAAUUCCCAAUCGUUUCCAACACUAGUGUUGCCUUAGUCCAGCAUUUUCCAUUGGAAAGAACUGUCACUGGCUUGUCAGAAUGUAAACAAUAUUUAUUUGCUUGAGCAGCUCAAAGGUUAGACUAUCCGAUGGUUUUAUGGUAAAAAUGAGCACAUUCUCGUACCUUCAACCGAAUUUAAUGACCACCGAAGAUCUUCGGAGUCAUUUAAAAUUGAGAUUUCCCAAUCAAAAUGUGUCAAGUCUACCGCGUGAAGAAUUGCUAAAGCUAUUUUCAUUGUAUGCGAUGCCAAAGUCACGACGAGCCACAUCGAAUGUAAUCGACGUCGACAUGAAACCUGUUACUCAAUCAGGUGUGAAGAGAGAAAAUGAGAACAAACGAACCAGACAUCAAUUGAUCACAGCACCAACCGUGGAAACGGUUACAAAUGCGUGUAAGAAAAUUCGACUGAUUAACACCAAACGUCUUAGCACAAAUAAUAAACGACAAGGCGAUUCGACACCAAUGGAAAGUGACGAUAGCCAAACAUCAACCGAGAGUAAACGAAAGAAAAUAACGUGGCCAUAAGCGAUGACAUCGCUGUGAUGGCUAUAGUGAACUGGUUGCAUUGACCAAAAUGCAUAUGAGAUUAUAUUAAGACUUUUGUACAGACUUGAAAAUGUUAGGAAACUAGAUUUGUAAUUAACGUAAUUCAUUGACUAAUAAACAUGACAAAUACCGGAUGAUUUUCAUAGCUUCUUUGAGAA